AUGAGGCACUCCGUCGCCGCAGUCGCCGUCGCUGUGACCGCGCUCGCAGGCCCGGCGCUCACCCAAGCCGUCCGUCGACAAGACAACACCCGCCUCUUCUCCGUCCCGGCCCAGCCGACGCCCCUCGAGUCCACUCCCACCGGCCUCUUCACCAUCCUCCCCUUCUCGACGGCCUCGGGCGCCAGCUCCGGCUCCGGCUCCGGCUCCGGCUCCGGCUCCGGCUCCGGCUCCGUCUCCGUCUCGGGCCCCCUGCUGUCCUCGGGAACCGCUGCCUCCACCGUCGCCCAGGUGACGCCCGGCUUGACCACCACCAGCGGCGCCGUCGCACCGACCGUCUCUUCGUCGGGGCCAGAGGUCACCUCUGCUCCCUCUGCUCCGCCAACAAACGCCACGCAGUCCGGCUCGCAGUCUGCCAACAACAGCACGAGGACUGCCUUGAGCACCGGCACGCGCAGCGCCACGUCUAAUCCUGCCGCCGCCCCUACCGCCUUGCCAGGUAGCCUCGUGGCCGGUGUCGUUGCUCUCGCUGGAAUGGCCCUGGUUAUCUGA